GUAUGUAAUGCCUGGGAAAGCGAAGGAUUCAAAGAGUUGGCGCGUCGCUGUGCUGACAAAAUAGUUCACCUGCAGGGUAAAAAUUUGUCCACAGAAGACUGGAACUUCUUGCAAACAUGGAACAAUUACUCUCAGGAGAACCAAUACUGGAAACCACAGCAAGCAUUAGCCUUCCAGAAAGCAUCAUUCCUGUGUAGUGAAUCGGAGUCGAAGCAGGCGGAUUCAGUUGUGCUCUCACGAAACGAAAGCUGCGCAUACUUUUUCGCGAAGUCGACUGAUUCUAGCCACUUAGCUGUGGCAGUUGAGAAGUUACAGAGGGAUGGUUCCGGUGGCUUCGUGCUGCCUAAGGCACUCCUAUGCAAUCCAGCCAUAGCAGUGAAGGCGUAUACCUUUCCAGCCAAAAUACUUGACGACAAGUUCGACUUGUUUACUGGCAAUGCAGAUGCGAACAAAGAAUUGUUUGAGAAGGUUUUUGAAUGGAAGAAAGAGGAUCGUAUCAAAGGCGCGAUAAUUAUGAGCCAGAAAAUUAUCGAUAGCAGUGCUAUCGAUGAAGACCCUGGGUUCACAAAUGCCCAAAAAAUGAGUAGUUUGCUAGGAUCGUUACCGGAAGCACCGAAUAUGACUGUAUGCGCAGUCACCGACUACAGCAAUUAUCCACACAGCAGCAUGAAAAGGAAUGAAAGUAAAAUAGCACUACUGCUUUUCGGAGGCGAUGCGGUACACGCGAAUGCAUUCUCCUGCCCGGACCAUACGCCAACAGAGGAUUUUCAGAAAUGGAAGGCUCAACUUGAUUCGCUGUGCAAAAUAUCCCAAACAAUUGGCUUUUACAUUUCAUCGAUGGAUUGUCCGCCAGCAUAUGAGUGUUGCAAGUAA